AUGGCGCCACAGAGACUAGCUGCGGGACCGGCUGCGGGACCGGCCGCCCAACGCAAGAAGCGGAGCGUGGGAACCGCCUCCUGCCAGCGGUGCAGGAACUCAAAGGUCAAGUGCGUGCCGCCACCGGCCGGCGGCCCAGCAGCGGGCGCCAAGUGCGCGCGCUGCGACAAGAGGGGCGAGGAGUGCCUGUGGAACGGCGUGGACCACAGGACCAACCACACGGCCCUGAUGGAGCUGCGGGAGAUGAUGGACAAAUUCGCCGACACGUGCACCACGUUCGCGGCCAUCUUCCAGGUGCUCGCGUCGGCGGACCACCACCGCGCUGCGGCUCGGGGCCGCGCCGGCCGCGGCGUGGGGGGCCGUCCAGAAGCGGGGGGGGCGGAGCUUCAGGGCUUCGUGAUCGAGCGCGUGGCGGCUCCGUUAUUCGGGCCCGUUGAUGCCAACGACCGACUCGCGGUGCUGCGCGCAGAAAUCCGGGGAAACGAGCGGAUAGUCUCGGACUACGAGGCCCUCCUGCAGCGGGUGCUUGACCUGCUGCUCGACAUGGACGACGACGUGGAGCGUUCCCAGGCCGCCGCCAGCUUGUGUUUAGGCCGGCUUAGCUUCGAUAACCACUUUGUUGCCCGCCUCGAGAGCCUGCCCUGGUAUACGCCACGCCCGGCCGAUGUGGCCAUGCCUGUGGGCCAAGAAGUCCAGAUCCAGCAGCCGAGUGAGAUAUGGGAGGGAGUCCCGGUGCCGGCUGAGCAGCAGCAGCUACAACAACAACGAAAAGACCCCGAUCUCCCGCCCUCUCUAUCGAGAGAUUUGGAUGAGCUUGGCGAGCAGAUAAGGUGGGAGUUGUUGGAAGAACAGCGGCAACAGCGGCAACAGCAAGAGCAACAGGGUCCCGCCAUCCCGGUCCCUGUCGCCGCCGCCGCCGCCGCCGCUCUGCCCCCUGUCGACUUUACGGCCCCGUACGCGCCACAGCAGCAGCAGCAGCAUCAUCAUCAUCAACAACAACAACAACAACAACAACAACAACAACAACAACAACAACAACAACAACAACAACAACAACAACAAAAACAGGGCCUCGGCGUCCAAGCCCCUCUCCUCGUCACCGCCCCCGCCGCCCCCGCCGCCGCUCUGCCCCUGUACGUGCAGCAGCAGCAGCAGCAUCAGCAUCAACAUCAACAGGGCCUCGCCGUCCCGGACCCUCUCCUCCCCGCUGCCCCCGCUGCCGCCGUCGGCGUCACCGCUCUCUCCCCAUUUGGCCCUACAAUCGUGGUCUUGCAGCGGCGGAACGAACGCGCUUUCCAGCCCGAGAUGAAUGGGUCUGUGUGGGCGCUGUACCAGCACCAAGGGCAGUUCGCUCCCCCCCACGUCAACUACGGCGAGCCCCAGUACUUCGGUCAGGCCGCAGUUAACAACCCCACCUGGUAGUUUUCCGGCAAUAUACUGGG